GAACCUUUGUGCCGGUGAGCUCAGUCCGGGGGAGCGCGUUCUGCGUCGCACCACAGUUACGUGUGUAACAUGGUAGUGAUCGUGUCGGAGCCGCAGAGUCACAGUUGUCUGUCCUCCAGGUGAUUGUCCCUGCUGCAGCUUCAGGUGUGAACUGACUCCAGGACCGGCCAUGCUGCUGUCUCUCCUGCUGCGUCCGCCCCUCCCCUCCCCUCCCGUCUCCACACUGUUGUCAAAAUGCGUCCGAACGUUGCGGUUUGAUGCCGGCAGGAUGCUGCACUCUCAGACUGAACACUUCUUGCAGCGGAGGCUUCCCCUGUGCUUCCAGAGCCGAGGAGCCAAGAGCCGAGGCAGGAAGAGCCGGGGUCCGGAGGACGACUGGAAGACCAGGAACAAGACGGUGCUGACGUACAUCGCUGCAGCCGGGGUGGGGAUGAUCGGCCUGUCGUACGCUGCGGUGCCGCUCUACAGACUCUACUGUCAGGCGGCUGGGCUCGGCGGCACGGCGGUGGCCGGCCACGACACGAGUGUGGUGGAGACGAUGAAGCCAGUGAAGGAGCGUGUUCUCAAGAUCACCUUCAACGCCGACACACACGCCAGCAUGCAGUGGAACUUCAGACCGCAGCAGUCGGAGAUCUUUGUGGUUCCAGGUGAGACAGCGCUGGCUUUCUACAGAGCCAAGAACCCCACAGACAAACCGAUCAUCGGCAUCUCCACCUACAACGUGGUUCCCUUUGAGGCGGGACAAUACUUCAACAAGAUCCAGUGUUUCUGCUUCGAGGAGCAGCGUCUGAACCCACACGAGGAGGUCGACAUGCCCGUCUUCUUCUACAUUGACCCCGAGUUCGACGAGGACCCCAGGAUGGCCCGAGUGAGCACCAUCACCCUCUCAUACACCUUCUUCGAGGCCAAGGAGGGCGAGAAACUCCCUCUGCCCGGAUACAGCUACAACUGAGCCAACGGCCGCUGCCGCACGGAGAGGACGCAGUGAGACCUGAACCUGGGCCGAGGUUUGAUUCUUAUCCCAGUCUGAGUCAGUAACGCAGGAAAAGAAGAAAAAUAAUCCAAGACUUCUUUCUUUGACACCGAAGCUUCAACCAGAGACGACGACACGUCUCCAGAAAUGAAGCCAAAAUAUCUCAGAUACGAACGCUGCCAUCUUGUGGUGAUUACAUCAUUAGCAGUCAGAGUCUGUGCAGUAGUGAUCGUGGGGUGGAGCUGCGGUAUCAAGGUCCCGCCCAUACAUGCUCUCGACCAAUCCUGAGUCAGUCUCAGUUGUCAAUCAAGACAUCUUGUUUUUAUAUCAUCAAAUAACUAAUAAACCCAAACUGAUCAGAAUCACUCACAUCAGUGAGAUGAGAACGAGCUGAAAUGACAGAAACAUCUUUACAAACAUUUAUUUAACGUCUACUUUGAUUUUUAGUUUGGUCCAUGUCCCAUCUGCUAACAUGGUGGAGGAGGGUUUAUGAGCUAUACUGCAGCCAGCCACCAGGGGGCAACCAGAUGUUUUGGCUUCACUUUUUGGGCACUGUCAUGUCGUCCAUCUUUAUUUAUAGUGUGUCUGCGACUCAUUGAUGCUGAUGCAGCCUUGCAGAUUUUUUUUCAUGAGACUAAGUUAUUCACAGCUCAGUGUCGGAACACGACAGAAUAAAUCGAUUCCAAGAUUCCUCGUGGAAAAGCCCUUGAAGACAAAAGGUGUUGGUUUUAGAACACUCAGAUUUAUUAACACCAGUUUUCGGCCUCAGUGGAAGACAGAAGCUCUUUGGUUCAUCUGGUCGCGACACUGAAGAGAAAAACAUCAGAACUGAACUGUUUCCUGGACGCACCGCUCUGCUGAUCUGAUUGUGUGUCACAGACUGUUAUUGUAAAUGAUGAUUAAAUUAUUUUAUAGUUGAUUAUUGAAUUGAUAAAGAUCAAUAAAUAUGGCUGAUGCAUAGAUGUCAA